GGAGCGGAGGGGGCGGGGCCUGGCGGUGAUGGCGCGGGAGGGCGCCCCGGAGGAUCCAGAUGUGGCCCCAGCUGGGGAGCGCCCCCAAAAACGCCCUUUCUGCCCCCAAAGCCCCAAUCCAGAUGUUGGGGGGCCCAAAACCAGCUGUGGGACGCUGGUGGUGGACAGUGACACAGAUGUGGAGGAGGAGGAGCCAAAUCCAGAUGUUAGGAGCCUAAAAAGGCCCCAAAUGGCCCGAAAACACCCCAGAACUCCAGAUGUGGCUGCGGAGACCCCAAAUCCAGAUGUUGGGGCACCCAAAAUCGGCCCUGGGCUGUUCCUGGUGGACAGUGACACAGAUGUGGAGGAGGAGGAGCCACAUCCAGAUGUUGAGAGACCCAAAACACCCAAAAUGGCCCCAAAAGACCCCAAAACUCCAGCUGUGGCCGUGAAGACCCCGAAUCCAGAUGUUGAGGGCCCCAAAAAAUGGGGGUCAGAUGCUGGUGGUGGACAGUGACACAGAUGUGGAGGAGGAGGAGCCACAUCCAGAUGCUGGGAGCCCAAAAAGGCCCCAAAUGGCCCUAAACCACCCCCAAACUCCAGAUGUGGCUGCGGAGACCCCAAAUCCAGAUGUUGGGGCACCCAAAAUCGGCCACGGGCUGUUCCUGGUGGACAGUGACACAGAUGAAGAGGAGGGGCCAAAUCCAGAUGUUGGGAGCCCAAAAAGGCCCCAAAUGGCCCAAAAACACCCCAAAACUCCAGAUGUGGCUGCGAAGGCCCCAAAUCCAGAUGUUAGGCUGCCCAAAAUCGGCCCUGGGCUGCUCCUGGUGGACAGUGACACAGAUGUGGAGGAGGAGGAGCCACAUCCAGAUGUUGAGAGACCCAAAACACCCAAAAUGGCCCCAAAAGACCCCAAAACUCCAGCUGUGGCCGUGAAGACCCCGAAUCCAGAUGUUGAGGGCCCCAAAAAUGGGGGUCAGAUGCUGGUGGUGGACAGUGACACAGAUGUGGAGGAAGAGGAGCCACAUCCAGAUGUUGGGAGCCCAAAAAGGCCCCAAAUGGCCCAAAAACACCCCAAAACUCCAGAUGUGGCUGUGGAGACCCCAAAUCCAGAUGUUGGGGCACCCAAAAUCGGCCACGGGCUGUUCCUGGUGGACAGUGACACAGAUGUGGAGGAGGAGGAGCCACAUCCAGAUGUUGGGAACCCCAAAACACCCAAAAUGGAACUAAACCACCCCAAAACUCCAGAUGUUGCGGUGGAGACCCCAAAUCCAGAUGUUGGGGCCGCCAGAAGACCCCAAAUGGCCCCCAAAGUGCCCAAAACUCUGGGUUUGGAGGUUCAGACCCCAACUCCAGAUGUUGGGAAGGCACAAAGGAUGGUGAGGGUGGACAGUGACACAGAUGUGGAGGAAGAGGAGCCAAAUCCAGAUGUUGGGAGCCUAAAAAGGCCCAAAAUGACCCAAAAUGUUCCUGAAACUCCAGGUGUUGCGGUGGAGACCCCAAAUCCAGAUGUUGAGGGGCCCAAAAAUGGCCCUGGGAUGCUGGUGGUGGACAGUGACACUGAUGUGGAAGAGGAGGGGCCAAAUCCAGAUGUUGGGAGCCCCAAAGGGCCCAGAACGACCCGAAACGUCCCUGAAACGUCAGGUUUGGGGGUUCAGACCCCGAAUCCAGAUGUUGAGGGGCCCAAAAAUGGGGGUCAGAUGCUGGUGGUGGACAGUGACACAGAUGUGGAGGAGGAUGAGCCAAAUCCAGAUGUUGAGAGCCCAAAAAGGCCCGGAACGACCCAAAACGUCCCUGAAACUCCAGAUGUUGCGGUGGAGACCCCGAAUCCAGAUGUUGGGGCCUCCAGAAGACCCCAAAUGGCCCCCAAAGUGCCCGAAACUCCGGGUUUGGGGGUUCAGAGCCUGAAUCCAGAUGUUGGGAGGGCACAAAGGACACUGACGGUGGAGAGUGACACAGAUGUGGAGGAGGAGUCAGAUCCAGAUGUUGGAUGGUCAAAAACAGUCAAACUGACCCAAAGUGUUCCUGAAACUCCAGGUGUGCGGGUUCAGACCCCAAAUCCAGAUGUUGGGGGCCCCAAAAAUGGGGAUCAGAUGCUGGGGGUGGACAGUGACACAGAUGUGGAGAAGGAGGAGCCAAAUCCAGAUGUUGGGAGCCCCAAAAGCCCCCAAAUGACCCGAAAUGUCCCCGAAACUCCAGAUGUGGAAGUUCAGACCCCAAAUCCAGAUGCUGAGGGUUCCAAAACCAGCUGUGGGAUGUUUGUGGUGGACAGUGACACUGAUGUGGAGGAGGAGGAGCCACAUCCAGAUGUUGGGGCCUCCAGAAGACCCAAAAUGGCCCCAAAAGACCCCAAAACUCCAGCUGUGGCCGUGAAGACCCCGAAUCCAGAUGUUGAGGGCCCCAAAAACGGGGGUCAGAUGCUGGGGGUGGACAGUGACACAGAUGUGGAGGAGGAGGAGCCAAAUCCAGAUGUUGAGAGCCCCAAAAGGCCCGGAACGACCCAAAACGUCCCUGAAACUCCAGAUGUGGCUGCGGAGACCCCAAAUCCAGAUGUUGGGGCCUCCAGAAGACCCAAAAUGGCCUCAAAAGUGCCCAAAAUGCCGGGUUUGGGGGUUCAGACCCCGAAUCCAGAUGUUGGGAGGGCACAAAGGACGCUGGCGGUGGACAGUGACACAGAUGUGGAGGAGGAAUCAGAUCCAGAUGUUGGAUGGUCAAAAACACCCAAAAUGACCCAAAGGGUUCCUGAAACUCCAGGUGUGGGGCUGCAGACCCCAAAUCCAGAUGUUGGGGGGCCCAAAAAUGGGGGUCAGAUGCUGGGGGUGGACAGUGACACAGAUGUGGAGGAGGAGGAGCCAAAUCCAGAUGUUGGGAGCCUUAAAAGGCCUAAAAUGGCUCUAAAACACCCCAAAACUCCAGAUGUGGCCGCGAAGACCCCGAAUCCAGAUGUUGGAAGGCCAAAAAGGCCCAGAACGACUCAAAACCUCCCUGAAACUCCAGAUGUUGUGGUAGAGACCCCAAGUCCAGAUGUUGGGGCCGCCAGAAGACCCAAAACGGCCCCAAAAGUGCCCGAAACUCCAGAUGUGGGGGUUCCGACCCCGAAUCCAGAUGUUUCCAGGUCCAAAACCAGCUGUGGGCUGUUGCUGGUGGACAGUGACACAGAUGUGGAGGAGGAGGAGCCACAUCCAGAUGUUGGGAGCCCAAAAAGACCCCAAAGGACCCAAAAUGUCCCCGAAACUCCAGAUGUGGGGGUGGAGACCCCAAAUCCAGAUGUUGAGGGUCCCAAAAUCGCCCGUGGGCUGUUGCUGGUGGGCAGUGAGCCAGAUGUGGAGGAGGAGGAGGAGGAGGGCUCCGAUGCAGAUGUGGCCACCCAGCUGUUCCUGCCCCCUCCAGAUGUGGAGGCGGCAGCGGCAGAUCCAGAUGUGGAGGCCCCGAGGUCCCCCCGAGCUCCAGAUGUUCCCGGGCCUGGCCUGGGGGUGGAAGAGGACCCAGAUGUGGAGGAGGAGGAGGAGGAGCCAAAUCCAGAUGUUGGGCUCCCCAAAAUCCUCCGGGCCAGCCCGAGAGCCGCCGGAAUUCCAGAGGUGGAGGCGGAGCCGGAUCCAGAUGUGGAGGGUUCAGAUCCAGAUGUGGAGGGUCCAGAUCCAGAUGUGGAGGGCUCAGAUCCAGAUGCGGAGGAGGAGCCAGAUGUGCUGACCCAGCCCUACCUGCCUGGGAGCCCCUCCCCCGAUCCAGAUGUGGAGACCCAGCUGUUCCUCCCCCCGCCAGAUGUUCGGGGGCCCCCCAGGCCCAAACGGCCCCGGGAGGGGCCCCCGAGUCCAGAUGUUGGCCCAAAUGUGUCAGAUCCAGAUGUUCCCCCUCCCAAACGCCCCAAGCCGCCCCCGGAUCCAGAUGUGGAGGAGGAAGAGGAGGAGGAGGGGCCCGAUCCAGAUGUGGCCACCCAGCUGUUCCUCCCGGAGCAGGAGGAGCCCAAUCCAGAUGUUCCGCCCCCCAAAAGAGCCAAAACGGCCCCGAAAAGUCCAGAUGUGGAGGAGGGGGAGGGGGAGGGGCCGGAUCCAGAUGUGGCCACCCAGCUGUUCCUGCCCCGCCCAGAUGGGGAGGAGGGAGAGGCGGAGCCAGAUGUGGGAGGGGCCGAAUCGUCACAUCUGGGAAGCCGAAUUUGGGGCCUCGAGGGACCCAAAGGGACGACGAGGGGCAAGGUUCGCCGCAGUCAGCGAUUGGCCGGGAGCCGAGGGGGCGGAGCCUCCGCUUGCCCCGCCCCCGCCAGGAAGGGGCGUGACCAAGCCACGCCCAAGCCACGCCCCUCACCCAAGCCACGCCCACAGAGGAGGACAACACAGGGGGAGGAGCAGGAGGAGGGGGCGUGUCCAGCAGAGGGCGCCCGGCGCAGGCUCCGCCCCCGGGUGACACCGGGCCCCGCCCACAUCCGGGUGCUGUUCACGGGCGUGGUGGCCACCCCUGCCCUCCUGGUGGCCCUGGGGGCCCUGGGGGGGGUGGUGGCCUCGUCGGUCCACGACUGCACCCACCUGGUGACGGACAGGGUGCGACGCACCCUCAAAUUCCUGUGCGCCCUCGGCAGGGGGGUGCCCGUGGUCACCCCAAACUGGCUCCUGGAGAGCUCCCGGUGUCACCGUCCCCUGUCCCCGUCCCCGUUCCUGCUCCGGGACCCCCCCCGGGAGCGACACUUCGGGUUCCGGCUCCGGGAGGCCCUGGAGAGGGCCCGGGGACACCCCCUGCUCCAGGGCUACUCCAUCCACGUGACCCCCGGGGUGACCCCGGGCCCCGAGACCAUGAGGGACAUUGUCACCUGCUGUGGGGGGACCUUCCUGGACACCCUGCCCGGGGGGCACCGGGUGAGGGACGGGGACAUUGGGGGUUUUGGGGACAUUGGGGACAUUGGGGGG